ACUGCAUGUAUGUCUUCACAGUUUGUGUACAUGGUGCCCGUGAAAGCCAGAAGAAAACAUCAAAUCCUUUUGAACUGGAGUUACAAAUGGUUUUGAGCCACCCUGUGAUUGCUGGGGAUUGAACCCAGGUCCUCUAGAAGAGCAGCCACUGCUCCUAACCCUUACCGUACUUGAGCGACUGCUUCCGGAAUUGUGUGUAAAAGCAACCCUAAUGACUCUUGAAGUGAAGCUGCUACAAACGGGAUGACUAGAGCUUUGAAGCUUGCCCAUAAUUCUAGUCAAUAUAUGUUGGGUAAAGGAGGAAAACGGAAGUUUGAUGAGCAUGAAGAUGGGCUGGAAGGCAAAAUUGUGUCCCCCUCCGAUGGCCCAUCCAGGGUGUCUUACACCUUACAGCGCCAGACUGUCUUCAACAUUUCCCUUAUGAAACUGUAUAACCACAGGCCCCUGACAGAGCCCAGCUUGCAGAAGACUGUCUUAAUUAACAACAUGUUGAGGCGGAUUCAGGAGGAACUCAAGCAGGAAGGCAGCCUGAGGCCUGCAUUCACCCCCACUUCCCAGCCCAGCGACUCACUGAGCGACAGCUACAGGGAGGCCCCACCUGCCUUCACCCACCUGGCCUCGCCUCCUGCUCACCCCUGUGACCUAGGAAGCACUACACCCCUGGAGGCCUGCCUCACCCCUGCCUCACUGCUAGAGGACGAUGAUGACACUUUUUGCACUUUGCAGGCUGCGCCCCCUGCAGCUCCUACCAGACUGCCUUGUGCAGCCCUCCCACCAGAAAAGGACAGCUUCUCCUCAGCCUUGGAUGACAUUGAGGAGCUCUGUCCCACAUCUACCUCCACAGAGGCUGCCGUGGCCUCGUCAGCGGCGCCUGACAGCCUGAAAGGAACCUCCAGUGAGUCCAGCAUCCAGAAGCCCGAGGGGCCCCAGGAAGGCCGCACAGAUGACUCAAGAUUCAUGGACUCCCUGCCUGGGAAUUUUGAAAUAACAACGUCCACAGGUUUCCUGACAGACUUGACCCUGGACGACAUCUUGUUUGCUGACAUUGACACAUCCAUGUACGAUUUUGACCCUUGCGCAUCUACAUCAGGGACAGCCUCAAAAAUGGCCCCUGUGUCAGCUGAUGAGCUCCUCAAGACCCUGGCCCCCUAUAGCGGUCAGCCUGUUGCCCCAAGUCAGCCUUUCAAAAUGGAUCUCACAGAGCUAGACCACAUCAUGGAGGUGCUUGUUGGAUCCUAAGACUCGGGACCCCUUGACUGUGCCUAACCAGGCCCUACAAGCAUCCCCACCCACCCUGACAGUUUCUCCGCACUGUGCAUGUACCCUUGCUUGCCUUUUUCAGAGAAAAAGACAAUUUUACAAAAGGAUUACACUAGUAUUUUCUUCGAGCAGAGUUGGAGUGCCUUCAUUCAAGUAUGACCACUUUUAAUACACUCUCUGAGUGGGCUUCACAGAGACCCACUGCCCUGGCUUAGACGAGAAGACAUUGGAAGACUGUGUUGAUAAUGUUGAAAAGUGAACAUGAACAAUUCAAGCGAAGCACAAGGAUUAAGUUGGAAAAGCUGUAAAUUGCAUGUGCAUAUUUGUCUAUUUUUUCUAUAAGUUUUAUUGCAAGAGGUAAAAAAAAAGAAUAUAUAUCUAUAUUAUUUGGAUAAUCUCAGUACCUUUCCUGGCGUUUUUGCCCUGUAUAAGUUGACUCGGCAAUUCCGCCUUUUUAGAGGCAUUAACUCCUCGUAAGUGUUGCAUUUACAUGGCUGUUUAGAAAACCGCUGCCCAAAUUUAUUUUAUAUUUUUGUACAGAUUCUGCAGUUUAUGAUAUUGUUUUUCUAAAAACAAAUGCUGUUUAUACAUAUAAGAUAGCUAUUUUGAUAGGAUUUGCUCACAUAGUUCCUGCAAAUGUAAGCUGUACAAGUUGCACUUGUACUUUUAUAGAGUCGUAAUGUUUUAUAUGUGUAUGGUGCAAGAGAAAAUUGGAUCAAAUCAAUCUGCAGUUGAUGUCCCCAAAUGCAAAUACACACAGUGCUUCAAUAAAGGGCCAGGUGAUCUGACACCCAAAUUUCACAAGCACCAGCCCCUGGCACGAUCACUUGCCAGUACUGUGACUUCCAAAGCCAGAGAGCCCUAUCUGCUCAUCAAACUUGCAUUAAGCAGUGGUCGGGGAGAUGGCAGCAGAUCCUGGGGUUGACGUGACGGUCUCUGUAGCUCCUGCUUUUGAGCAGAGGCUGUAUCAUUUUGUUUAAGAGGGCACUCAUGGUUGGAUGUGGUAGCUCACCCCUUUAAUUCCAGCACUUGGGAGGCAGGGCAGGUGGAUUGCUGUGAGUUCCAGUCCACCCAGAGCUAUAUACUUCGAACCCUGUCUCAAGGGUGGGGGGAGUCAGAAAAAGACUGUAUUUAUGCCAAGUUUGCUCUUUUAAUUGUUUUUAUUUUAAUUUUGUAAAGUGUAAACCCCCCCCCUUGGGCAUAGCUUUUAUGAUGAGACCAUAAUUUUACAUAACAAUUUUACAACAAGCAACUGACCUCUUCAUGGAGCUAAGCCCUACCUCAGUGCUUAGGGCUCAUAAAGAAGAUACCCUCCCCAGAAGGCAUCCAUCAUGUUGCUGAGCUGCCUUUCCCAGUGUCCUUCCCUGGAGCUUUUGUUCCCUCUGUUGCUAAGAGCUGCAAAUGGCAUCUUCAUGAUCACCACAGUGAGCUCGGCUCACCUCAGCCAGCCGGGAUGCACUCUCAACAUCUGUGACUAGAGCCGCAGUCCAUCACCUUUAUGUCAUGGUGUCCAAUCUGGUUGCUUUCUUUAAUUAACUGCUAAUUUAACCACACUUCACAAAGCUAUUAUCCCCAAAUACAUAACAGAAAUUUCUAUGUGUGUCCCCUGUCUCCUGGCCCCUUAAGCAGCUUUUUAUUUCCAGUUCUAUCCCCUGAGUUGUAAUAGUUUGUUUCAGUGUAUCAUGCCCAUUGCUGAGGUCUGCUGCCUUCCUUUAUGGUAGUGGUACUUCAGCUUACAACCGAUAUUGUUAUACAGGUGGCUUCUUUAGGAAUAACUUUUAUAUUUAUUUAAAAAUUUUUAAAUUAUGGGAUUUUGUUUUGUUGUUGUUGUUGGUCAUUUGUCAAUAUUCAGUCACCAGUUCUACUCACUUCUUGCCAUGGAUAAAAUUGGGUCUUUCUGGCCAAUUAAAAAGAUAAGUUUAUAAAUGGCACUUUAAACAAGCCAUAGAUAGUUUUAUUUUUAUAAUGCACAUGGCAAGCAAAUGUGUUUGUGAUGAAGGAACUGCUCAUCCAAGCAAAAGAUUUGUGUAAGGUGUGAUUAAUAUCUUUUCUACAUUCUAAUUUACCUUUUCCCACAGCCAUGUGUUUGAAAGGUUGCUUCCCAGCUCCGUGGAUCAGUGAGAGGCAGAGAGAGCAGUACUUGCUCUCCUGCAGGCACCCUCCACAGGCACCUCUCACCACUACACAAAUAUGUUUCCUUUGAUGUAGGACCAGGGACCAUAUGAGAAGGUGAGGGUUGUUGUCGACGCUCCCAAGUGUCAUUGUGCCUGUCCAUUUUAAGAACUUUUCUUUCUUUCUUAAAGAAAGCAGCUCUACCCAUCUCUGUGUUUUAGACCUGGAGGACCCUGUAACAUGCCACAGACAUCUGCAUACAUGUGCAUAUACAGUAGUGUUGACUAUUCCCAACAAAAAUGGCACAGCGCAGUUGAUUGCUGCUGUCGAAAAUUGAUCUACGGUAACUUACAACAACUGUACUUUUGUUGGAUUAGCAAACCGUGUGUUUAAACAAUCCCGUAUGUUGGGCAACAGUUCAAAAAAGCUCAGAGAAGCAUUGCCCAAACUUAGUUCUCUGACUCCGUGCAUUCAUAAGGCCGGGCUUCAAAAUCAUAACACCCACCCCAACUCAGCAGGCACGUGCCUAUUCUGCAGACAUGCAUGGGAAACUAUUGGCCCGUCUUAGAAAGAGCAAGCCCAUCAAGAGUUAAGACUGACUUUGUGUCCUAUUUAUAUUAAGUGAUGUCCCAACAGGGAAGAGGUGGAGCCAGCGUGAGAUCUCCAAGUCCCAAUUUGAGUGUGGGACGUGCUUCGAGAUGCUUCCUGGCAGUCAUGGCUCACCUUCACAAAGACAGUCUUGUGGCAUCCAGAGGCAGGCAGACAGCCUGGGGUGCUUGGGCCUGAGAGGCAGUUAUUGACAGUGAUGUGCAGACUCCUGAGAGAUUUAAGAGGUGGUUUUCCCCAUAAGUUAUUUAUUCCUUUUUUUUUCCUGUGUAAAUAUAUUUAUUUUGCUGUGUCGCUCUAACAACAUCUGGGUGGUAUGGUGCAGAAUGUAUGGUAGGAAUGUAUUUCUUGUAGGAAUGUAAAUGUGUAUUAAAAGGGGGAGCCGAGCCAGCCCCCACUCUGUCUUUUCAUCAGACACACAGUCCACAUUCAUUUUCACUCUCAUCUCCAAUAUGGGUCUAUUUAAAAUAUGCAAAGGGUGUGGAUGAGGAAUGUUUUAAUACCUCCAAAUUUUUAAGAAAAUCAAGCAUAAAAGGGUUGAUAAUUUUUUAAAGUUUUCUUAGUAGCACUUUCACUUAUGACAGAAGGGGCAACACAGGGCACCCACCUUCACACCAAAGGGUGAGAAAUGGCCACAACCUCCCACACUGCUCCAGUGUCUUUAGCAGUUGAGCUGUUUAUUGCCAUAGCCCCUUGAAGUGCCCCAACCAUCCUGAGGUCAAUCAAGGAAAAUUUCUUAAAAAAGUAAGCUCCAAAGAGCCCAAGUAUCAACUUAUGGAUCAUUUUUAAAGCUUAAAUUUAUUAACCACCUUUGCGGUAAACAAUGAAUUAUGAAUACUGCAAGGGCAGCCUUCUUAAGUGACAGACAUAAAAAAAGAGACUGCCUGCGCAGCGAUUGUUGUUCUACUUUGUGUGAAUCGUCUUAAUUUUGAAACCUUGCUCUUACAAAUUGGACCUUUAUACAUUUCUGAAAAUAGAAAGAAAAGAGCAUGUUUGACUUGUCCUAGCUAUAAAUGGUUAAUUCUUGUGCUGCCCCGCACCUGGAUGCCAGCGGGGUGUGCAUCUGCCUGUGUGCGAUUGUUUCCAGUGCUUCCAAGAAUGAAUCUACAUGGUUCUUGAAAAUUAGUCAGGAUCAAAUGCUCUUGCAGACAAAGCCAAUACAAUUUUUGGACUUUUGGGGGGGAAUUUGGAAGGGAAACGUAGUCCAUAUGUACAACUAAAGUGUUGCAAAGUGUACAUAGGGGCAUGUUAGGUGCGUGGAUUUUGAGGGGGGCUUUUGUCGAAAGUAGGGGUGACCUUUCCCCACAGACCUGAGAGCUGUGCCUUUUCUAUGCAAUAUUACAGAUGUCACAUCAGAACCCAGAGGGCUGUGUUCUAAACAAUUGGACAGAUUAAAUGUACAUGGAAAUGAGCGGUCUUUUGUAGUUUUAUAUUAUACAAUAAACAGUUAAAGGAUGAGA